AUGGCAAACAAUAUUCAAUCCAUCUUUAUCAAGCAAACAGAAACAAGACACGAUCCAAAGGCAUACACUGCUUAUCGCAUCGACAUCCAAGCAGCAGUUCGUCAAUGGCACAUUUGGAAGCGAUAUUCUGAUUUUACUAAGCUCCACGAGCAGCUCACUCACACAUUUCCUGACGUCUCUCUACCAGCUCAUCUGCCGCACAAGCGCAUAUUUCCGCCCACCUUCCACUCUUCUGAUAGAGUCGAGGACCGUCGCCAAGGACUGGAAGAUUACCUCAGAACACUGUUAAGCUGUCGUGAUGAUCGGUGGCGUAAAACGGACAUUUGGAACGAUUUUCUUGCAUUACCCGAGCAGAACAACACAACAGCAACCUCACCCUCUUCCUCGCCCGCCAGGGCCAAAGAGCCCAUUGUUACAUUUGGAUCUUGGCUGGAUGAAUACGGUGAUUUGCUCACACUUUCCAGGGAAAUUAGAUCUCUGAUCAACAGCCGAAAUGCACACACGAGUCAGCAAGAGGUUUCGGAUGCAAUGCAAUGUGAAGUAAAAGCUAAAAAGGGGCUGAUGACGCUUAACGCACGUCUUUCCAUCUUGGAGGCCAGUCUCCAUGACAACCAAGAUCAAUUUGUCGCUGAUGGUGAGGCAAGGAGAAGAGAAGACAAACUAAAUAGUCUCAAGGUGGAGAAGGAUGUGCUGAUACAGCUGGUCAACGCUACACGACAAGAUUUGACGAAAUCAGCAAAGAAGAAGCCUGUAACAACUGCUGCAUCGGCCGCUGCUAUUAGACGAGACAACAACAACACUAACAAUUACGGUGAUAUUGGGUUUGAUCAGCAGCAAAAUGUAAGGAGAGCUGCUACGACAGGCCACAACACUAAGGCAGGCGGUGGAAGAGCAUUUGGGUCUGCCUUGUUGAAACAACAGCAACAACAAAAACUGCAAGAGACAGAGUUUACCAAAGGUUUGGAUAAUCAAGAGCUGUUAAACUACCAGACACAAGUGAUGAAGGAUCAAGAUCUCCAUAUUGAGCAAUUUAGUCAAUUGCUUGGACGUCAAAAGGAGCUGGGAGUAGCCAUCAACCAUGAGCUAGAGAACCAAAUCGACGUCCUGGAGAGCCUUGAUAUACAGGUCGAUAACACCCAAACAAAACUGGCCUUUGGCAACAAGAAACUAUCAAAGAUCAAAUAA